ACAAAUUUCAGUUUAUUCAUAUAAUUCGUAAACACAACAACCACGGACAACAAUGAGUCGAGAGAAAAUAUCAGUUUUAAGUGCACUUGUGAUCGUGUGUGUGACAUGUCAAAUAAGUCAAGUAAAUUCGGCCAAUAUAUUGGGCCUCUUUACCAGUCACAGUCCCUCGCAUUUAAUUGUACACAUGUCACUGGUCAAAGUUUUAGCGGAAAAUGGGCACAAUGUAACCGUAGUGGCAUCUCAAGUUCCCAAAGUUAAACAUGAUAAAAUUCACUUUAUCAUCAUUCCACCAACCGAUGAACAAGAACAACUGUUCAGUAAAGAAGUUUCCGGAAUGGCUGUAAAGAAAAAUAAUCUUAUCACAACAAUUGGUAACUUUUUCGGCUCUCUAAAAUUGAUGAUCGAUAUGCAGGCGGACAUGUUAAAAGAUCCACGUUUUACGGUUCUUUACGAGAAUCCAGAUACAAAAUUUGAUUUAGUUAUCAUGGGAUUUUUUAUGAACACUUUUCAAUAUGGUGUGGCUGCUAAAUUUAAUGCACCUCUUGUAAUCACCUGGACUUCAUCGCCCAUGCUAUUCAGUGACAUUAUGGUGGGCAAUCCAAGCGAAGUAUCUUAUGUGCCGGACAUGAACAUGGCCGUUAAAAUUGGUGAAAAAAUGAAAUUUUUGCAACGACUUCAGAAUUUCUUUUCGCACUUAUUCUUUAGGCUGAUAAAGGAAUUGCUCGAUUUUCGCAUGCGAGCGUUUUACAACGAUCUCUUUCCCAAUGAUGGCGCUUUUCCCAGUAUGGGUGAUAUGGAGAAGAACAUAUCAUUGGUAUUCUGCAAUAGUCACUUUAGCGAGGGACCCAUUAGACCGAACGUACCAGCUGUUGUAGAAAUUGGAGGUAUACAAGUCAAGGAUACACCAAAUCCAUUACCUGAGGACAUUGCAAAAUUCCUUGAUAGUGCCAAUGAAACUGGAGCCAUACUGUUCAGUUUAGGCUCCAACCUCAAGGGAUCUAGUAUUAAACCCGAAACUGCAACCUACAUUUUCAAUGUCUUGUCGAAACUAAAACAAAAUGUGGUUUGGAAAUGGGAAGAUUUGAAAAAUACUCCUGGAAAAUCUCGCAAUAUACUCUACAAAAAAUGGAUGCCACAAGAUGACAUUUUAGCUCAUCCAAACCUCAAGUUAUUCAUUACACACGCUGGUAAAGGAGGCGUAGCAGAGGCUCAAUAUCAUGGAGUUCCCAUGGUGGCCUUACCAGUUUUUGCCGAUCAGCAUAAUAAUGCUAUGAAAAUUGCUGCCUCUGGUUAUGGUCAAUAUUUGGAAUUGUUACCACUAACUGAAGAAUCAUUUAGAGAGGCCAUCUUAGAAGUCCUUAAUAAUCCACAGUACAAAGAAAAUGUACAACGUUUUUCCAAACUUUAUCGUGAUCGUCCUCUAACAGCCCGAGAAAGUGUUGUAUUUUGGACCGAAUAUGUGUUACGUCAUCAUGGUGCUGCCCAUAUGCAAAGUCCUUUGGUGCACAUGAAUUUCAUAGAGAGCUUAAACUUGGAUGUAUACUUGUUUAUUGCGAUUGUAUUCUAUGUGAUUUUCGCAAUUUUCAAAUUCGUUUUUCUAUUUGUUUGUUCCAAAAUAUGCAAGAAGGGUUCGGCGGUCAACAAAAAGGUUAAGAAAACUACAAAAGUUAAAUCACAAUAAAAUUAAAUAAACAAUUUGUAAAAGUAAAUUACUUGUAAAUUCCUAAUAUACUUAGAUAAAUAAAUACAAUUUUCAAAUUCGUUUUUCUAUUUGUUUGUUCCAAAAUAUGCAAGAAGGGUUCGGCGGUCAACAAAAAGGUUAAGAAAACUACAAAAGUUAAAUCACAAUAAAAUUAAAUAAACAAUUUGUAAAAGUAAAUUACUUGUAAAUUCCUAAUAUACUUAGAUAAAUAAAUACAGUAUAUCACAAUAAUAUUGUUACAUUUUUACCUUUAAA